UCUGAACAAAUGAUACUGAUGAAAUAAAAUGUCUAGAAAUCUGCCGCCAACAUAAGUAAAUAAUUAAGGUGAUACUAGUCACUAUGCUGUCUAUUAGAUUAUUUCACACACCAGAUAGUGUAAAAGCCAUGUAGUUACUAUCCCGACCCAUGCUGAUAAUUUUUGAGGCUACCAUGAAAACAAAACCAUUUCAACCAAGAAGAUCUAAGAGUUCAAACAAACCAGUAAGAUCUUGCGACGUUCCACAAUGAACACGGCCGAUGGCGAGUUCAUUAAUAAAAAGGUUUUCCCUUUGGAUAUGGCAUUUUUUCUGCAGAAUUUUGUCAAAAUAUGGCCCGAUUCCAAAUUUUCAGGAUAAAAACCAGUUAAGUUUGUGAAGAUCGCUGUUUAGAAAGAAAAAGGCGCCAAGUGCAGAUUAGUGUUAGAUACAUUCGCGAAAAAUCAUUUCCUUUUUUACAAAAAUGUCAUAGCCACUCUUGCAUUCUAGAUAUAUUGUUCGUAAUUAACUUCAAACAUAAAUCACUUCCCUGAGGUAUAGAAGAAAUAUAUCAGAAUGUAAACACAUCAUGGAAUUUUUAAACUGAGUAAUGACAAUUUAGCGCAUUCUACCUAAAUAAAUUAAUAUCUCUCAAAAGUACUCUUGUUUUUAGUUAUAGAGAUCGCGAACAUUUUCCACAAGCAAAGUAGCACGUUUAGGUUACUAGGUACAAAAUUUCAAUUCUACAACUGACAAGGAUUAAUUUUUACCGGUAACAUAUGACACUGACAGAUUAGAAUAAUUUUAAAAUCGAAAUUACCUUUUUUUUCCAAAAUUGAGUUUAAAAUGUUUGAUAGUGUAAAAAUGGAAUAGAGCGAGAAACGACUCGAAGACUCAAAAAAAAACAAGCAAAAGUACUAUACCCUGUGAAAUUACGUUUGAAAUGCCAAGUUUAUAUCGCAGUUCACACGCUACAGAAACUUGCACAGCUAGUCCAAAGUGUUCCCAUGACAGAGAAAAAUUUCCCUAUAAAGAAUUUCCCCCUCCUGCUCCACCAGGAGGCGAAAAUGCGUGGGAUCUGCAAUUUUGUAGAUGGUGGGGAUGGAAUUGGGUACGCAAGAAGAAAAGUGGAACCUCACUGGAGAAUACUGAUCAAACAACUAAUAAUGAAGCAGAAACCAGCGAUAGACGUUUCCAAAAAAGCAGUUUAUUUCAAUCGCAAUUCCAAUCCAAACACAAAAGGCAGAAAAAAUCUAUACCACGCGUACCACCUUUACCAAUUGGCCAAGAACAUGAUAGGAACAACAACUGUCGAUGCCACCAACAUAGGAAUCAACUGUCUGGCCGUGUAACACCGCUCCCGACAAAGCGUGAAUUGAAAGAAUUAUGCAAAUGUCUCGUGUUCAAAAAACCAUCCGGAAUUCUACCUUCACCCGAUAUGCAACAUUUAUACAAUACACCGUCCAACAGCGUGCUUGCUAUAAGAAAGCGCACUUAUACCAUGGAUGACCAACAAAUAAAAUCGUCUGUGGACAAACAACUUUACAUUGAUCAUAAAAAAAGAAAGAUGCGUUCAUGGAAUAAAAAUGGUCAUACCAGCUCAAGUGAGGAGGUUAUUGCCGGGCCGACCUCAAUUUACCGUCCACACUCCAGUACCGAAGACAGCGUUGAAUACUUGACCGUAAAGCUCCAACAGAUCAAGUCGAACAUAUGUUGUCCUUGUCGCGAAUAUUCCUCAAAAAGGGAACAGGAACCGGUAAAACACACCACCGAAAUGCAAACAUUACGAGAAGCACAAGAAGAUAAAGCAAUACAGACAAUUAAUAGUGAGCAACAUAAUACCGUAGAAAAGGUUUUGAAAUAUAAUGGGAAAAAGAAAAAAACAAUUUGUAUAAUGCUGUGCUGUUGUGGAAGUUGUUUACAAGCUCAAGGCGACAACAAAAUAAAGUCCAACAAAUCAAAAGAAGAUGCAUUCAUUACGGAUGUUAGAAAAACAUCUUGCGAAAUUGGCAAGGGAUGCACAAAUCAUAUGUGGACAAAAAAAUGUGUAUCGGAUGAAGCAACAACUCCAUUUUAUAACAAAGAUUACUAUGAAAGUCCUCUUACUGGAAAAACUUACAGCCUGGGGCCAGUAAUCUUGAACAACAAUGAAGAGCUUAAACUGCCAGAACUAGUUGAUGUUAACGAAGAUUUGGAGUGUUUAAAAAAACUAAAAUCAGUUGCAAAAUCUGAAGAGGAACAUCGUGUGAUGUUAGACGCUGUAUGCGAUGCUAUACUUUCAGAACACUCACAAGCAAAAUACAACCCGUAUAAAUUAUUCAAUGAAUUAAUAUGCGAAGACAGUCAGACGAUUCUAAAACAAGACCUAAAAAAUGAUGAACACAGUGAUUUUAAGAAAAAAAAAAUAAAUUUGAUUUUAAAUGGGUCCCCACGACUUAGAAAACCAUCUUAUGGGAUACCAACACUUAGAGAGCUUAGCGAUGAGAACAAUAACAGAGAAAAUAAGGAGAAUAAAAUUCAAUUCCCAGAGUUUCAAUUCAAAGUUACAGAUCAAAAUUCAAUCUAUGAAAAACAUGAUUUUGGAUCAACUAGUCCGGUCUAUACCACGCCAAUGCAUGGAGCGUCGACCAGUUUUGCAUAUCAAGGGCCCGAUCAAACCGAAGUAAAAAUAAAAAAACAAACUCCUUCCAAAUAUCGCGUCCCAAGGUGGAGCAUAACCUGUCCAAAAAUUGAAAAUGAAAUUGGAAAACAUAAUACCACGGGCGACCAAGAUAUUGCUGUUCAACGUAUUGACCACAGUGCAUUAGAAGUGACAAUAAAAAAAUUAUAUAAAAUGUCCUCAAAUUCGUUUGAACUAGAUUCGAACGUUAACGACACUCAUGAGCGAAAAAAUUAUAGUAUAUUUUCGGAUAUGAACACGCCUUUGCAACUUGGAAACAAAGAUGAUGAAGACAGUUCAAUGAUUAAUAAAGAGUUUCUAACACAACAAAAUAAGAAGUCAGGAUGUAAUGCCCAGAAAUCUAAUACGAGAACCAAAUCCGCAAAUACAUUGGCAGGAAUCUCAAGACAUUAUACAGGAUCAUCCUUGAUUCCAGUGCGAAAAAAAAGUAGUAUGAUAACGAAUAAAAAAUCUAUAUUGAAAUGGUCUUAGUGUAUGAAUUCGAACCA